AUGAAUUGGGCGUCUAACAGAAUACUAUCACAUAGGAACCCUUCCUGGAUUCUCCUAGUUUACUGCAAAUAG